GAGUGAUGGUUUAGGGCAGCACACAAAAUUAAAGAUCACUUCCAUACUAACAUUUUUGGAGCUUUUAUUUCACUCUUCAAUUCACUUUCAAAUAUCAAAAAAAACACACACACAAAUCAGGGGAGGCAUCAGCUGCACCUGAGGAAGGCUUUCCUUUCCUUACAUUUCAUUUCAUUAUUACAAUCGACCCAUGUAAUGGAGCUUCAUUCUACAUUCUCGAUCGUGACAAUUACUUUCAUUUCUACGUUCCAAAUUAAUUCUUCCCUCCACACUUAUUUAUAAUUCACUUCAGUUUGCCGACACAACAAUCACAUGAACAUGGCUGCUGACGAUCAUUCGUCUAAUCCUCCCAAAAAGUGGAUCGAUCUUCCCAUUUUCAUCUUCUUCCACGACCCCACGAGCGUCUUCAAAAGAGACAAACUUGGCCGGGAAAUACUCGGCAUUGCUCUCCCGGCCGCCAUGGCCUUGGCCGCCGAUCCCAUCGCUUCUUUGAUCGACACCGCCUUCAUCGGCCAAUUAGGAUCUGUCCAAAUCGCAGCCGUCGGAGUUGCCAUUGCCAUAUUCAACCAAGCCUCGAAAGUUACCAUCUUCCCUCUUGUAAGCAUCACCACGUCCUUCGUCGCCGAGGAAGACACUGUCAAGCGAAUCAACGAUCGCAAACUGCAGAACGACGUCGAAAUGGGAUCCGCCGUCGACGAUAAAAGCUUCGAUCAUGAUGCUGGCGACGAAGAAAAAGAUCAACAAAUCGUUGCAUCUGAAAACACUCAAUGUAAGAAUCCCGCCGAUGAUGAUGGUAAUGGUGUCGAUAAAGAUGCUCCGGCGACUGUUAGUAAGGAGACAGAGAAAACCGAGCGCCGGAAUAUUCCUUCGGCGUCGACUGCUCUGGCUCUCGGAGGUGUUCUCGGACUGCUUCAGACCAUUCUUCUUAUCUUUUUAGCUAAGCCAUUUUUAGGCUUCAUGGGCGUCAAAGAAGGAUCUCCGAUGCUUCCUCCGGCGCAAAAGUACCUAACGAUAAGGGCGCUCGGAGCGCCGGCCGUUCUUCUCUCGUUAGCGAUGCAAGGAGUGUUUCGAGGAUUUAAGGACACUAAAACUCCUCUCCUCGCCACCGUUGUUGGAGACGUAAUGAACAUAAUCUUGGAUCCGAUCUUCAUCUUCGCCUGCCGGCUGGGGGUUACCGGCGCGGCAAUGGCUCACGUCCUGUCGCAGUACUUGAUCUCACUCAUUCUUCUGGUGAAGCUAAUGAAGCAAGUCAAUCUCAUGCCGCCGAGCGCGAAAGAUCUGCAGUUCAGCCGUUUCCUCAAGAACGGUUUCCUUCUUCUUGCAAGAGUCAUUGCUGCAACCAUUUGUGUGACUCUAGCAGCAUCAAUGGCUGCGAGGCUCGGCGCGACUCCGAUGGCCGCGUUCCAGAUAUGCCUCCAGGUCUGGCUCACGUCGUCCCUUCUCGCCGAUGGCCUAGCCGUCGCUGGUCAGGCCAUUCUUGCGUGUGCAUUCGCCGAAAAGGACUUCAAGAAAGCUACGGCUGCAGCCGUCCGCGUGCUGCAGAUGUCGUUCGUGCUCGGGCUCGGGCUGGCUCUACUCGUCGGACUUGGUCUGAAUUUCGGAUCCGGGAUUUUCACCAAGGAUAAAAAUGUUAUCCGUAUGAUCGCCAUUGGCAUCCCGUUUGUUGCAGCGACACAGCCGAUAAACUCGUUGGCGUUCGUCUUCGACGGCGUUAACUUUGGAGCAUCCGACUUCGCCUACUCGGCUUACUCCAUGGUUCUAGUGUCGAUCGUGAGCAUAGGUUGCUUGUUCAUCAUGGCGAAAACCAACGGAUUCGUCGGUAUAUGGCUCGCGCUAACCGUCUACAUGUUCUUGAGAACAUUUGCCGGCUUCUGGAGGAUGGGGAUGGGUACCGGACCGUGGCAGUUUUUGAAGCGCCGAUCAUUGCCGCCGGCGGUCAUAUGAGAGUAGAAGCUACAGACCAUGUAUUAAAAAUAAAUCCAUGUUCAGAGAGCUUGUGUUUUGUUUUUUUCUUAGUCUAUUUUUAUAGCUCAUAUUAUCUCCUUACUUCCCUGUGUUCUUUCAACUGUAACGUUUAUUUUUCUUGUACCAUAAUGUGAUUCCCAGUCUGUAGUAAUAGCAGCCAUAAAAUGUCACAAAAAAUUAUGUCUUCA